GGGGUCGAAAACAUGAAUGGUGAACAGUGCAAAUGGCUCCUGCAUUGAAGGCGAUGCUCAUUUGUAUAAGAUUUGUAUUCUGUCAGUGUGGAUGUCUCUCCGCCUGUUGGUCGGCUUCACUAAUGCGCCGUCCGUGAGCGCAUCACGAGACUCUAUGAGUGUGCGUGUGUGUGUGUGUGCGCAUUUGUGUGUGCAGGGUUAUAUUUAGGCUCUGGGAGGAAAAAUAGCGGUGUUGGGUUGAUUCCUCUGAAUGGUUGGCUUGGUUUUGUCAAGGACCUGCUGCAAGAGGAGGAGGUGGAGGAGGGGGACAAGGGGGGAUGGCCGCUGCGCACAAAUACCAAAAUAGGAUAGGACUGCCUGCGACCGUCCUGCGUGAGCUAUAUUGAGAUUCAUGUGUUUUGGAGAGGAGCGUUAAACAGAGGACACCGUGGAUCAGCAUUCAUGGACAUAGGAUGAGAGAUACCAUGUCACACAAGCAAGAUGAAAUCUACACAUAUGACUUCUGUGAUGGUGACCAUGCAGCAGAGCUCCUGGAUGCUCUCAGGCAUUUCUACACCAGUGGCCUGUUUACCGACGUUACCCUGCAAUGUGGAGAGUCAGGACAGGUGUUUCACUGCCACAAGGCGCUGCUGUCAGCCCGCAGCUCCUAUUUCAAAGUCAUGUUCACAGCUGAUAUGAGAGAGAGGUCAAAUAGUGUUAUCAAACUGAGCGGGGUCGACUGCGGGGUCCUGGGUGCCCUGGUGAACUAUGUGUACACAGCUCAGGUGUGCAUCACCGAGAGCAACGUGCAGAGCUUGCUGGAGGCUGCAGACCUCCUGCAGUUCAUCUCUGUGAAACAAGCAUGUGAGGAGUUUCUUAUCCGUCUACUGGAUGUGGAUAACUGCUUGGGGAUGCAUGCUUUUGCUCAGCUGCAUCUGUGUCCCGGUCUGGAGAGGGAGGCCCGCAGAGUGAUGCUGAGCAGGUUCGCAGAGCUCGUUCAGCAGGAGGAGUUCCUGGAGCUGGAUCAUGAGAAGAUGGGAUCAGUUUUGGCCGCUCAGAGCCUCACCGUGCAGAGGGAUGAAGUGUUGAUAGAUGGUGUAGUGAAGUGGGUGACACAUGACUUGGAUAGUCGUGUUUGCCAUGCUGCGGACCUGCUGUUAUCCAUCCAUCUGGAUCUGGAUGAGAUUUACUUCAAGACUACUUUAGAGGUGCACAGACACUCACGCUUGCUGAACAGUGAAGGGAAAUUGAAAUCUUUGAUCAUUCAGGCUUUAAGGUCCAGUGGCAAGGAGAUGUCUGCAGGCAGAAAAAUGUCUUCAAGCAUGUAUGUCAUCGGUGGAUACUACUGGCAUCCUCUGUGUGAAGUUCACAUAUGGGAUCCUGUCAGCAACACCUGGGUACAGGGAAAAGACAUGCCAGACCCUGCAAGAGAGAGCUACAGCGUCAGUUUACUUGGAGCAAAUAUCUACGUGACCGGUGGUUACAGGACAAACACUGUGGAGGCUCUGGACACAGUUUCAGUUUAUAACUGUGACUAUGAUGAAUGGACUGAGGGUUGCCCCAUGAUCACAGCUAGAUACUAUCAUUGCUCAGUGGCUUUGCAUGGCUGUGUUUAUGCAAUCGGAGGCUACAGAGGAGGUGCACCAGAGCAAGAGACAGAAUUUUAUGACCCUUUGAAAAAGAAGUGGUUCCCUGUGGCGAAAAUGAUCCAAGGCGUAGGAAAUGCCACUGCCUGUGCAAUUGGAGAUAAAAUCUAUGUGAGCGGAGGCCACUAUGGAUACAGAGGAAACUGCACCUAUGAGAAAGUCCAAGUCUACAGGACAGAUGUCAAUGAGUGGAGUAUCAUUACAUUAAGUCCACAUCCAGAGUACGGGCUGUGUUCUGUGUCUCUGGACAACAUGCUGUAUUUGGUGGGCGGACAGACGACGAUCGCAGACUGCUACAACAUAGAGCGGGACGAAUGGAGGCCAAUAUCGGUGAUGAAGGAGAGGAGGAUGGAGUGUGGCGCUGUGGUGAUAAACGAUUGUAUUUAUGUAACAGGAGGAUACUCCUACUCAAAAGGGACUUAUCUGCAGAGCAUCGAGAAAUACGACCCUCAGCUGGACUCUUGGGAGAUAGUUGGGACUCUGCCUAGUCCGGUUAGAUCACACGGAUGUGUUUGUGUUUUCAGUGUUUAGUGUCACUUAUCGCAGAUGUUGUCAUCUUGUGCCAAAUGGAUCAAUUGGUUAACUGUAUUCAAAGUGUGCAAACAUCAGGUACACUAUCAUGCCAGGAUAACUACACAUAUGCCAAACUGUGAAUAUGAUGAAGAACAAGCAUUUCACUUAAAACUCAGGUGCUUCACACUUCAUUUUACUUCGGGUAUUUCUGUUUUAAUAGAUUUAAAGCAAAGACUGAAAACAGAAAGAAGAUGAUCCAUAUUUUAUUAUUAUUUAAAUCCAUAUAUAUAUACAAAGAAUACACAUCAGACUAUUGAUGCACUAGCCCAGUGUUUCUCAAACUUUUUACACCACGUUCCACCUCAGAAAAUAUUUGUCUCUCCACGUAUCACUAUUUUGACAGACCAUGAUCAGCUACAGACAUUUCCUGCAGGACGCAGGUUUAUUCCUAA